UGGCGCAUGCGUAGAUUACAGGUUACGUUACAUCUGACUUCGUUAUAACAUCUGGCUUCGUAACAGAGUUUUCAAGAACUAUUAUUUACUAUUAUUCUGUGAAAAUUCAACAGCCAUGUGGUAUGAAAUAAUUCCAUCGAUGGUAGUAAUAGGCUUGUUACCCAUAAUACCUCAAUGGGCAACUUAUUAUAUAAAUCAAUACGUUUUAGGAAACCCAAUGCGCAGAGAUAUGAGACAGCCAUGGGAUCGUCAUAUGUUUACAAGAGAUGGUCGCGUAGAUGGAGCCCCAUGGAAAAAUAGGGGACUAGAGAAUAUUCCUGAUGAUUAAAAGUACAAAUAUAAUAAAUAGAUGAUUGUAGCAAUAUGGUAUAUAACAGAUGAAAUAGAUAAGUUUUAUCAUUCAAUUAUAACUUACAUACAAUAUAAUGAAGUGUGUAUAUG